ACCAGCCAUUAUUGUAAAAUAAUAAUUAACACUGACACUAUAAUAUCUGUUUCUCCUUUUCCCUUUAUUUCUUCUUUAUUUUUCUUUUUCUUUUUCUUUUUCUUUUAUACUUAUGGGGAACACUUCGCUUCCUUAUGAAAUAGUUCAUUGCUCUAGUUGGGAUGAGGACUAUAACCCAGAACAACUUGUGAUCAGUAGUCCUGGGAAUCAGUUAGAGCCUUUGCCUGUAAAGUGCAAAGGUUGGCAAACACCCAAGUGCCCGGAUUAUCCACAAGAUUUGAUUAUUCAUUUACUUUCAGGCGCCAGUCGUAUCUCCAAAGUACAAAUAUUAUCACACCAUUUCAAGAUUGCUACAAAGAUUGAUGUCUAUAUUGGCGUCCUUAAAGACCCACAAGACAUUUUAGAUGAUAUAGCACCUAAUACACCACCUUUGAAUGAUGAAGAUAAUAUGCUGAUUGAAUUUACGAGAUUAGGAUAUGUCUGUUUUGAUAAUAAUGCGCGUGCACAGUUUCGAGCUCGCGAAUUAAAGUCGAUCAAAAUCAAUACUGAUGGUGAAUAUGUGCGUCUUGUUAUACGCAACUGCCAUCGAAACAGAUUGAAUACAUACAAUCAAGUGGGUAUAUUGGCCCUUAAUAUUCUGGGUCAACCAUUACAUCUUUUGGAUAAAAAAGAAAUGGCGUCUUCUUCUCCUUCAAACAAUAUAGCCCAGAUACGCCAUCCAUUUGAUGAUAACAGUGUGCUCAGUUCAUCUACACGAAGAACAAGUGUGUCCAGUAAUCAAAGUCAAAUGCAUCGUUUGCCUACAAGUAGUCUGGCUGAAAUGGAACUUCAGCGAUGGACAGCUGCUUUACUUCAAGCUGAAGAAGAAGCUGUUCAAGGUGAAUCAUACCAAAUUGCAAAGACAUAUAAAUACCUUGGUGAUAAACUUGAACGGUUCACAAAAAUAUUGUCAGACCUUGAAAUUGGAAAACGACAUGCUGUUGAAACAAAAGAUUAUGACGAAGCAGAAAAGAUCAAAGACGAUAUUAAAGAAAUUAAACAAGCUGCUGAAGCUAUGCUUAAACAUGCCAAUAUUCAUAUCACAGAUGAUGGACAAGUGUUGUCAUUGGAAUCAAGUGAAGCUUUAGCAGCAAUUCAAGAAGUGAAUGAUUUUAUUUCUGAACAAGUAGCUGAACAACAACAAUAUCACCAACAAUCUUACAUGGAUCAUCAUGAAAGACAAUCCCACCAUGAUUUUAUGGGCGAUACAGUUAUUUGUUCAGAACCACCUGCUCCUCCAAAAGACAAUGAUCAUUGGAACUUACACCUUAUGCCUCGUCAUGAUCACUUUGAUGAGCAUGAAGAAAUUCAUAUACCCGCUUCUUAUAGUAGCAACACAAUACCACAACCCACUAUGAUACCACCAGAACCAGCUAAACAAGACGAGGUCGAUCCAGACACUAUACCCGAACCCAUCAUGGACGAAGAACGUAUCCCAUAUACCCUUCCCAUUCAUAUCUUUGGCGAAGAGAUUGUUGCCUGUGUGCUUAGUGUCAAGGCAAAAUGCCGAGGACGAGGUCUUGGUCAGAUUGAACAAAAGAUUGAAGCCAUACAACAAUUAGCUCAAAACAACCAACUGGAAGAAUUAUCGUUCAUGAUUUACUUUGAUGAUCCUUACGAAGAAGAAGAGGUGCACGAUAUGGACAAAGUGACGCGCUCCAUCUCACACUUUGUCAAUGCUACACUCAUGAUGAUUCAAGAAGCCGUGAUGGACUCAAGAGAACCCAUUGUUUCUCUAGCCAUCACAACAUGGCAUCAGCUAAACGAUGUCUGUAAAGAAACUAAUAUGGAACCCAAAUACAUUAUUGAAUGGACAGAGCGUGCCUUUUCAGGUCUUUUGAAGCGAACGGGUGAUACCAAUAUCAAGAUUAAACAGGCUGCCACUGUGCUUGUGCUGGAAUUAGUACAUGAUUAUGCUAAACCGCCUUAUGCAUUAAUGCCAUUGUUUAUCUGUAAACCUGAAAGAAUGAUUCAUAACCACAAAGAAGCCAAGUGUCGUGUCGAAUUGGUUGAGGCUACCAUUGCCAAGUUUGGUGUGAUUGAUACCAAAAAGAAGAAAUCCUCACAUGUGCGUGUGUCAUUACAAGAUGCAAUGGAUUUUGUUGUUGCUUAUCUGAACCACAACCAUGAAGAUGUCAGACAGGCAGCCAUCAAACUAGUGGUCUCUAUUUCUGAUCAAGUAGGUUUCCAACUCGUGAGUACCUUCAUUGACGAAACCUUGCGAUUGUCUUUGGCUGAAACUCUCAAGAAAUUGGUGGCUAAUGAUGAUUUCUUUAACACUGCCCCCAAAGCAGCAACCAACAUAGCUGAGAAACAAAGAAAGACCAAAUCACCUAAAGAAAGCAACAACAAAAAUGCAUUGUCUGAAUUACGUGCAUUGACAGUAGUUAAACCUGAAAAGAAAACAACCACAACGACUUCUCGACCUCCUCUUAAAAAGACAACUACCACAACCACAGCAAAAUCAACCGCUGAAAAGAAAACAACGCGUUCUGCUACAGCUACACCUACAACCAGAAAAACAAAGAUGCCUAGCAGUAAAUCAACGGUCAGUCAAAAGAAAACAACACCCACUGAGCCUAGUAAGAGUAUGAAGCCAGCUACAAAAGAAAAAGAACAAACUACUGCUAAAUCAGCAGAAGAAGAGAGCCCUGAGUUGAAUGAGAACAGUGUCUGUAUCUUUUGUGAUGAAGUUAAUCCCUCGUUCAAUGAAGAUACACUCAUCAAGCACUAUUAUCAUUCAUGUCCUGUCUUGACAAGCUGUCCAAUGUGUCAAAUUAUUACUGAAAUCUCAACACUAAACGAACAUAUGCUGGUUGACUGCGAAAGAAGACAUUUAAUUAAAGAAUGUUCUCGAUGUCAUCAAGCAAUUCCUGUGGAACAAUGGCUCCAGCAUACAUUAAAACAAGUGUGUAAUGAGGAUCCAAAUAAGGUGCAUUGCUCACUUUGUAUGACAAGUAUUGAGCCACCAAACGAUGCAGGUUGGAAAGCACAUUUGAUGACAGGUGAUGGUUGUCCCAAGUUGGCAAAAUCCCGUUCACCCAACAAGAAAUCCCUUGGUCAACAACAAACUAAAAAGAAGACGACAUUGACCAGAAGAGCAUAGCAGGGGAAAAUAAAAUAAGGAAAGGGAAUCUAUUAUCGUGAGCCAUAGUCUUUUAAAUAUUUGAUAUAAAGUGCAAUGAAAAUGAUACAAAAAAUGUAUAUUCUAAACAAGAGUGAACUUGUAGUGGAUUGAAAGCAUUUUCUAUGAAACCU